UACCCCGCUAUAUAAACAGACUGGAAGUCUUCAAACUCCGGCAUCACUGCCCUUUUCUUUCUCUCUCUCUCUCUCACUCACUAUCUCUCGCGCAAACUCAUAAUAAUAUUCAAAGCCUGUGCACAGAAAUGGCUACUUCUUCUCUAGCUUUCCCUUCUCUUCAAGUACAAUUCCCAUCACAACGACCAUCAAAUUCCACAGCAAAGUCCUUCAAUCGUCGACUCAAUUUCCGUCCAAUCACUGCCUCGGUGUCUGAAAAACCACCUGUUCCACCACCUGCUCCGGCGGCACAACCAGUCCAACCACCCACAAAUCUUCCGAUCCGUAAAAUCCCAGGAGAUUAUGGCCUUCCUCUGAUAAGUCCAUGGAAAGAUCGUCUCGAUUACUUUUACAAUCAAGGAAGAGACGAGUACUUCAAGUCCAGGAUCCAAAAAUACCAAUCUACGAUCUUCAAAGCCAAUAUGCCUCCCGGUCCCUUCAUUUCCAAAAACCCAAACGUCGUCGUUUUGCUUGACGGCAAGAGCUUUCCGACCCUCUUCGACGUCUCGAAAGUUGAAAAGAAAGACCUUUUCACUGGCACUUACAUGCCCUCCACCGAACUUACCGGCGGCUACCGAGUUCUCUCCUAUCUAGACCCGUCCGAGCCGAGUCAUGCUAAGCUUAAGCAAAUCAUGUUCUUCUUACUGAAAUCUAGCCGAGACAGAGUCAUUCCCGAGUUUCACACCAGCUAUACCGAGUUGUUCGAGUACCUAGAGAACGAACUCGCCACAAAAGGAAAAGCCAGUUUCGGUGAAGCCAACGACCAAGCCGCGUUCAACUUUUUGGCUCGCUCUUUGUACGGAACCAACCCGUCGGAGACCAAGCUCGGACUUGACGGACCCAAACUGAUCGGAAAAUGGGUAUUGCUCCAGCUGAGUCCUUUGCUCAUUCUUGGCCUCCCAAAGCUUCUUGAAGACCUUUUGAUCCACACUUUUCCUCUGCCGCCAUUCCUCGUCAAAAAAGACUACCAGCGCCUGUACGACUUUUUCUACGAAUCGUCGACCUUUGCCCUCGACGAAGCUGAGAGAGUCGGCGUGUCACGUGACGAGGCCUGUCACAACCUCUUGUUCGCCACAUGCUUUAAUUCCUUCGGCGGCAUGAAGUUCUUAUUCCCCAACAUGCUCAAGUGGAUCGGCCGUGCCGGAGUCAAACUUCAUACCCAACUAGCCCAAGAAAUCCGAUCUGCCAUCAGAUCCAACGGCGGUAAAGUCACCAUGGCCGCGAUGGAAAAAAUGCCAUUGAUGAAAUCCGUCGUAUACGAAUCACUAAGAAUCGAACCGCCGGUAGCAUCACAGUACGGCAGAGCCAAACGCGACCUUAUCAUUGAGUCUCACGACGCAGCUUUCAAGGUCAAAGAAGGUCAGAUGUUAUUCGGGUACCAACCAUUUGCAACGAAGGAUCCGAAAAUAUUUGACCGCUCCGAAGAGUUUGUGGCGGAUCGGUUUGUGGGUGAGGAAGGAGAGAGAUUGUUGAAGCACGUACUGUGGUCUAACGGACCGGAGACGGAACAGCCGUCCAUUAAUAACAAACAGUGUGUCGGAAAGGACUUCGUGGUCUUCGCUUCGAGGUUGUUGUUGGUGGAAUUGUUUCUCCGUUACGAUUCGUUCGCGAUCGAGGUUGGUUCAUCGCCGAUAGGAGCUAAGGUUACAGUAACGUCGUUGAAGAUGGCUAGUUUUUGAACGCCGUCGGCCGGUGAAUUUUCUACUUUCCGGCGAUGGUUGAAUGGUUUGAGGUGGUUUAAAAGGGUUUUGAUCGUUUGUGAGGGGUAGUUUGGGAAAGUGGGGAGUGAGAUAUGACGUGUUUGGUGGGUUCAUCGGAAAUAAUUGGUGGCUGGGGAUGGCGGCGGUAGAUAUUUAAUUCGGAAAAUAUGACCUGUAUCAAUGGGUGGGUCAAUUUUCAAUUUGUGUAACUUUUGGGUCAACAUAUAAUACCACCAAAAUAUUGUCGUGGGUUAGUCUCUUUUUUUUUUUUUUCAAAGUAAGUGGUGGGUUAGGCUUGUAACUAUCUAAUAUAUCAAUUUUAAAGUUGAAUUCGCAACUAAUAAAAUUAUAAUAACGGU